CCUUGCGCGGCGGGCGGGGGCUCCGAGAGGCCCGGCCGGUCCGGCCGGCCCUGUCCCGGACAGCGGCGGCGGCGGGGUGAGUCACUGCUUGGAAAUGGAGGGGGCGGGCGUGCGCGUAGCAGAAUGAAUGAUGUCAGGGAGCACCGCGGCGAGCAUGAGGCUCUCGGCAAACACGGCGGCGGCCGCAGCCCCGAACGAGCGCUGCCCCCGGCGCCCCCCGGCCCGGAGCCGCCCUCCAGCGGGAGAGCCCUUCCAGCUGCGGCACUGCUGAGGCAGGAAACCUCUGCGAGAAGUGUCGUCUCCGCCGACGCCCUUAAAGCCGGUCUCUUUCGCCGGGAGGGAGAAGAGGCUGAGGCUGGGAGAGGAGCAAAUUGCAGGGGAAGGUAGAGAUUGUGGCAAACUUUCUAGCUGCUUCUGCGUGCUGCUGUCUCACCGGUGGGAGUGUCUGCCCAUAAGGAACUGCAGAGCCCAAACCCAGGAGCCCUGAGGCUCCAGAAACGACUUCCAGCCGCCUUUGGAGAGGAACUGCCAGCAGUGCGAGAUUUUGCAUAUACGGCUGAGUAGAUGAUUCAUCUCUAGAAGAAGGAUUGGUCUUCACAAAUUCCUUUGAAAGCACAAUGGAUGCAUUUUAGAGCUCUACAGAAGUCAUCUAGGAACAAGAACUUUGGACUUUGAGGAAUAACAGAGUUCAGAGAGCCCAGAAAUUGGUCACUAAUAAAGCCUCUUUGGCCAUACAGCUUGGAAAUGAAUACCAUUGAGACAGCAAAGCUUGAAGAGCACAUGGAGGGUCAGCCAAAUGAGACUUCUAAUGGCUACUCACGACCUACUCUCUCAGUCAGUGAAGAGAACAAAAAUGGCACUAGCAAACCAAAGGGCUUGUCUAAUGGCUUGCGAAAAACAGCAAAGAAGUAUCCUGAUUACAUCCAGAUUGCUAUGCCUGCUGAAUCCAGGAACAAAUUUCCUCUGGAAUGGUGGAAAACAGGCAUCGCCUUUGUCUAUGCUCUCUUCAACUUGAUUUUAACAACUGUCAUGAUCACUGUGGUCCAUGAGAGAGUACCUCCAAAGGAGCUAAGCCCUCCCUUGCCUGACAAAUUUUUUGAUUACAUUGAUCGUGUGAAAUGGGCUUUUUCUGUAUCAGAAAUAAAUGGAAUGAUACUACUUGGAUUAUGGAUAUUCCAGUGGUUGUUUCUUAGAUACAAAUCAAUAGUGGGACGCAGGUUCUUUUUUAUAAUAGGAACUUUGUACCUGUACCGCUGUAUUACCAUGUACGUCACCACCUUACCUGUGCCUGGAAUGCAUUUUCAGUGUGCGCCAAAGUUGAACGGAGACUCUCAGGCAAAGGUUCAGCGAAUCCUGCGGUUGAUUUCUGGUGGUGGUCUAUCCAUAACUGGAUCACACAUCCUGUGUGGAGACUUCCUGUUUAGUGGACACACUGUAGUAUUAACGCUGGUCUAUCUCUUCAUCAAAGAGUAUUCACCACGUCAUUUCUGGUGGUAUCACUUGAUCUGCUGGCUGAUGAGUGCUGCUGGCAUCAUCUGUAUCCUGGUUGCUCAUGAACACUACACCGUAGAUGUCAUCAUUGCCUACUAUAUCACCACACGGCUCUUCUGGUGGUACCACUCCAUGGCUAAUGAAAAGACUUUAAAGGUGUCUUCGCAGACGAAUUUUCUCUCUCGAGCAUGGUGGUAUCCAAUAUUUUAUUUCUUCGAGAAGAAUGUGCAGGGCUCUGUUCCUUGCAGUUUUUCCUGGCCAAUAUCUUGGCCUCCCAGCUGCUUCAAGUCUUCAUGCAAAAAGUAUUCACGGGUUCAGAAGACCGGAGAGGACAAUGAAAAAUCUACCUGAAGAAAAGAAGGAAAGCAUCUGCUCUGGUUUUUUCAUUUCUGAUUUUUUUUUUACCAAAACAUUAAUGCUGUAACCAAAGCUCUUAAGAAGACUGUAACUGAAGAAGUGGACCAAGCUUCUGUGCAAUUGAUGGAAAGACAAUUGUAGACGCAUAUAUUGCAUUUCAGAUGUUUUCCUCUCAUCCGGCUGUACAGACCUAUUCUACUCUUCAGUGCUAAUGAAAUGCACCACUGAUGGGAUUUUUUUAUUAAAGAAAAAAAAUGGAGCAGGACUGUGUUUAUUAAUGAGAUAGAGGUGCCAAAGACCACAGUAACACUUCCAUUACUAUCACUCAUCCACAGAAGCACCCAAAAGUCUCAUCUUCAGAGCUCUGGAGUGCGUAAGGGCAAAAACAUGCUAACAUGUAAAGGCACGAUAUUGGCAUAUUGAGGUGUAUAAAAAAAAACCACAAUUAUGGGAAGUGGUUUGUUGCAUUAUUCUUGCUAAUGAAGGUAAGGCCUUUGUGUGACUGGUACAGCUGGAAGCAAGUCUGACUUUUUUUACACACUGUGGGUAUGAAUAUCUUAGGACCCUAAAAUACUACUUACCACCGUUAACUCCCAUGUAUUCUACUAUAUACCAAUUUUUACAUUUUUAUUAGUAAUUUUAUAUUUAAAUAGCUGUGUUACCUGACGAAUUUGCAAAUUAUAAACAGCUGCUAGCAUCAGAGCUCAAGGAGCCUAAAAUUUUAUUUUUAGUAAGAGUUUCGAAAUCUGAAUCUUGAAUUACAACUGGCCUUGUGUAUAUAGCUCUACCAGUGCCUGUCAGUGUCUAUAGAUGCAGCUUUACACAAAAGCACAUACCUUAAAAAAAUUAUUUACUGGGAAGAGUAAUCCUAGAGUUCUUGAUGCAGGCAGAAGUUGUACAGCUCUCACCUGCUUGAGGAUUGCAAGGCCAGGUCCAAAAUGGGGCUACAUUUCAAAUUAACAUUUUAAUUUUAGUAGCAAUCUCUUGCUGAAGCUAUGUAGCAGGUUUGCUUGGGAGCCAUGGUUCUCCACUGAAUUUCUUCUUUGGUCUUUUACCUCUUGACAUAUGUUUCUGUGACUUACUUUAAAAAAAAAAACCAAACAACCAAAAAAGUGCUAAGAUGAAAUAUCUACAACAGCAGCAUUUCUUCAAUUACAACGUAAUUUCAUAUUGAAUAACACUGUGGUAGAACUCAAAAACAGAUUACCUUUUUUUCCCAGGUCUGAAGUCCAGCUGAAAUGGCUAUCUAAACAAAUUGGCUGAGUAUGGGGGUAACUACCAUGAGGUGAACAUGUAACAAAACCACAGAUUAACAGCUACCUGUUUCUUGUUGGUUUAUGUUGUUUCAUAUUGUUGUGAAAGCAAAGUAGAAAAUUAGCACACCAUGUUUAGCCAUUUGUAUUCUGUAUUAAUUUCUGCAGUUAACUCAAUACUAUUUUCAGAUAUUCACUAAAACCUAAUGAAAAGAUAAAACUGCAUUGUAUUGAGGUGAUACUGAUAUAAAUGAAAUGCUGCAUAUUUUAAGAAUGUCUUGAACUGAGUGACAAGUGUGAACACAGUUUAAAUAAUGACAACUUGUUUUUAAAAAGUCCAGAGUUAAAGUUAUAAAAUUAAAUAGAAUAUUCCAAUAUAAUAAUUUUCAGUUAAGGGGAUCAUUUCUCUGAGUUGUACAUGAGAAUAUUUUUGUGCAUUUCAAAUAUUUUUGUGCAUUAUCAAAAUAAUACAAUAAAAAGUGUUCCUUUCAAUACAUUUUUGGAAAAACUUAGUUAAGCAAGUUACUUCAUGGAUCACAAUUUUUAAAGCUAAAAUCUAAGCUUUGUGAUACCGCAAGUAUGGUCAUGUUAAUCCUCUUGUAGUAAUACGAUCUUUUAGAAGUUACGGAUUUCAUUAGUAGUCACUGUGCCUUGAAAAUAGCAUGAUGAAAAGCUUUACCUGAGGGGCUUAAGCAGUGGUUUUCAUCUGGUGGCUGAAAAAUAAACACUUUGACAAUGGGA